GUACAGCUACGGAAAGGCGAAAAAUAGCACUAUAGCAGCUAGAGACAUCGAUAAAAUAAUAACCGUCACGUGAAUAAAAAUAAAAUUGGACAACAAACUUUGCUGAGACAAAUUACAGGGUAGGGUAUAGCAUUCAAUAGUAAACAUUGCAGCUACAAUGUAAAUAUUGUUUACUUCGGACAAUGUUGCAAGCUCUGCGCUAUCAUUUUUAUAAAAUUUCUCUGACUAACAAGACAUGGAAGAAGAACGAAGUCGUGAUGAACGAGACUUGGAAAGUAGCAUUAGAGCAUUUUAUUGGUGCAAAUGGAUGUCUAAGUGGAUCGGUGUUUGGCCAUUAGCACCAAAUUUCUAUCUGUUUAAUGUGACAUUUGCAUAUUUUACCGCCGUAAUGUUACUGGAGUAUGUCGAUCUUUUUUUCUGUUUGCCAAAUUUUGAAAAAGUACUUGACAACCUUACAGAAAGUUUGUCCUUUACGAUAAUUUAUGUGCGCACAUUAACGCUGAGGGUGUACAAUUACAAGCUUGGCAAUGCGAUACGAGAAUGUUUGAAGGAUUCAAGUGUUAGUGCAUUUAGAAACUCGAAGGAAAUUGAUAUUUUUGUGCAAUAUACCAAAGAGGGUAAAUUUUUUGCUAAAUUCGUCAUAGCUUUUACUGCAAUGACUGAAGCUUCUUGGUAUUUACGACCAAUCACGUCGCAUACAGCAAUACGAGUGAUAGCUGAUAAUGAGACAUUAAAUAAUGUGACGUUAAAGUUCAGUCUGCCGUUUCAUUUUUAUGUUUUUUACGAAAUAAAUAGCAUUAAAACUUACGCACUUACAUAUCUUUUACAUGGGCCAUUUGUACCGAUCAAUGGUUUUGGUUCCGCUAGUGCUAAUUGUUUUUUGAUAGCUCUUUCAUUCCAUAUUAGCGGUCGGCUGGCUGUUUUAGCUGAAAGAAUAAAGAGAUUGAAUGAUAAUCCUGAUUUGUAUAAAAGAAAAUUGAAGUUAAUUAUUGAUGAACACAUUCGACUUUUGAGAAUGGGAGAAGAUGUUAAGAUUUCUUAUGGUGGUAAUUUAUUAGUACAUUUAUUGAACGGCACAAUACUUUUGUGUAUUGUUGGAUACCAAAUACUGUUGACGCUUACAGUCGGACCAAGAACAAAUAUAAUGCCUCUUAUUAUUUAUAUAAUUACACUGUAUAUGCUGAUAUCAAUUGUCUGUAUUCUCAGCGAAAAUUUAAUUACUGAGAGCAAUAAAGUUUGCGAAGCGUUUUGGGCUUGCGGUUGGUAUGAAAUGCCGCAAGAUUGUGUCAAAGAUAUUAUUUAUUGUAUAAAACGUUCUCAGAAACCGCUAUCAUUAACAGCUGGCGCGUUUAUUACUUUCGAGAAUAGUACAUUAACGGAGGUAACGAAAACGGCGAUGGGAUAUUUGUCUGUACUCAGAAAUUUUUUGAUCGCGAAUCAAUCUCUAAAUUGAAAAAUUUCCGGCUCCAAAUAAAACUACUGUAGGCGAAAUAAAUAUAUUAAUUUUUUAUCUUCAAUGUCUAUAAUCAUAUUUAUUCUUUAAAUAGAAAACCACCGGAUUGUGGUUAUUCUCUAAAUAGAUAUACCACCGGAUUGUAUCAGUGACGUUGGGGAGGGUGGGGCAGAGCGGCCCCCCUGAAAUUUCGAUCAAAAAAAAAUUUUUUUCUUUUUCGACUAAUUACUAUAAAUCCGAUAUGUUCGCGCAUUUUUACCCCUACGCAUGACAUUUGGGACAAAAUGAACAAGCCCAAAAUUUUGAAAAAGUGAAUUUUUCAUAUUAUUAUUGUCAAAUUAAAAAAAAAUUAUUAUAAUUCCACAUUUAUAGUCCUGAGCAUAACACCUGGGGCAAAAUGAACCAGCCGAAACUUACGAAAAAAUUAUUUUUUUAUAUCUCUCGGCCGUUUCUCUAUGUAAGAGGCAAAUUUGGUCAUUAAAAAUUUAUAAAAAUGAAAUUUUUUUUUUAGUUGAUAAAUUUUUGAAAUAAAGUAAAACUAUAGAAUUGAUUUUUUUUUUAUUAAAUCACAAUUAGUAAUUAAGAUAAUCGAGAGUGAACGAUUUAUUACACCUUAAAAAAUUUUUUUUGAGUAACAUAAAACCAAAAAUAGUUGUCAAGAGAAAGAAAUACAUCCUUAAUGAUGAAAACAAUUUAAAAAAACGAAAAAAAAAAUUUUUUUAUCAUUUUUUGGAGGGGGGCCGCUCUGCCCCACAAAAAAAUUUUUUUUUUUCAGAAUUUUGGCAAAAUGUCCAUAAAUUCGUUCGAAAUAGGACAAAAGUAAAGUGAUCUGAUGGUUGAAAGACACAAAAAGUAAUAAUUGGCUUAGGGGGCCGCUCUGCACCACCCUCCCCUAUAUUACUGCAUUGCCCGAUCCCAAAAAUCUUUGGCGCUAACUGCUGGUAAAUUUUUGACUUUUAACUACGGUAAAAUAACAGACGUAAGUAUUUUUCACUCCUUAUUAUUACACUGUAAAAAGAGCGGUGUUAAAAAUGGACUCGUUUUAACUCCGCCCGAUGUAAAAAUGAAAUUACACCGGUGUAGGAGGAGUAAUACACUGGCGUUAAAAAUACCGGUUUGAAAGCGGGGUAACCGGUAUAAAAGCGGAGUAAAAACGGUGUAAAAGCAGGGUAACCGGUGUAAAAGCGGGGUAAAUUGCGUCCGCUUGGAGUAUUAACUUUAAAGAUUAUAAAACACAAAAAAUGUCAGUUCUCUAUGAAAAUUAAUAAAAAAUAUCAUUUAUUAACAAGUAUAGUGAUCGAGUAAGUAAAAAUAUUCACAAUGUAAAAUAUUUCAACACCGAUAAAGAAUAUCUACACCGGCAGCGGUGUUAUUUUAACACCGGAGAAUUUUUUUAACACCGGUACAGAAUAUUUACACCGGCGGCGGCGUUUUUUUUACACCACUUUCGGUGUUGAAAUUUAACACCGCCGAUUUUAACACCUACACCGCUUGGACUUACCCCGGUGAUUUUUUACAGUGUAAUAAUCACCAAUAUUUUGUUUUGGUUAAACCGUUCGUUCAAAUUUUACUUCAGGUCACUCGAACUGCUGUCGGAUAUUUGUCAGUAUUAAGAAAUUUUUCGCUCCUAGAGGGAUGAUUUUCAUGAAAAUGUUAUAAUU